UUCAGUUCCGCAGAGUUUGCUAUACGCGUAAGAACAAACUCUCUUCUUACAACUUUUUUUUUCUCUUCUUUUGAUUGCAUAAAAAAUUCUCCUUAAAGCAAGUUUUUUCUGUCAUUAUGUAUAUUGGAGGUAGAGAAAAACAAGUGUUAGUUUAGAAAAAAAAUGAUAGAGACAUCAUAAUAAUCUUGAGCUUAAAACUAAAGUUUAGGUACCCUUCAACACGUAGUGCAAAUAUUGGAUUAAUUGUGAUCUAAUUCUGUUUAAAAAAAUAAUUUUCAUACCAUUUAAUAUAUAAUCUCAUGAAUUUAGAGUCUCUCAGUUAGAUAUUUGUGGUGUACAAGAGUGAAAAGUUGUUUAAAAAAAUUUCUAUAAUGUGGUUUCUUCCAAAAAUUAAUUUAAUAAAAAUGAAUCGAUUGACUUUUUUGCUUUUUUGCUUAUUCGCGGGAGAUACUCUGUGUGCUCCAUUGGUGUGCAUUCGGGAAAAUCAGUGCCUUUCUGGAAAAACAAUGAGUGGGACUAAAUCAAAGAAAUUUGAUGCUUUCUUUGGUAUACCGUACGCUAAACCUCCUACGGGGAAUUUGAGAUUUUCGGAACCUGAACCUGCAGAAAGGUGGAAUGGAACGUUGGAUUGCACAAAAGAAAAACCAAUAUGUAUUCAGGAGAAUGUCCUCAUCCCAAAUCCCACGGUUGAUGGUUCGGAAGAUUGUCUGUACUUGAAUGUAUAUCGCCCAAGGAGUGCCAAUGGUUACCUCUUUCGUAAGCCCCUUCCUGUGAUGAUUUUCAUUCACUACGGAGGUCUUUUUUCGGGUACAAUCACACCGUACCUCCUUGGACCGGAAUACUUUAUGGAUACAGGAUCAGUUAUUCUUGUCCUCAUGCAAUACCGUCUGGGUAGUUUGGGCUUCCUCACAACUGGGGAUCUUGAAUGUCCGGGAAAUUUUGGGUAUAAAGAUCAAACCAUGGCUAUGCGGUGGGUUAAGGAGAAUAUUGGAUGCUUUGGCGGUGAUACCAAUUCCAUAACACUCUUUGGGCAGAGUGCUGGUGCUGUAUCUGCACAUAUGCACAUGCUCAGUCCACUCUCCAAGGGACUCUUCCAUCGGGCAAUAGUUCAAAGUGGUAAUGCCAUUGCUCCAUACAAUUUCCCCGUGACGAACCCACUGGCCCAAGCAAGGGAACAAGCACGUGUUUUGGACAUCCCAAAUGCAGAUAAUCUCACUUCAGCUGAGAUUGUCCGUGAACUACGGAAGAUUGAUGCAAGUACCCUCGUGAGGAGUGCAAAUAAAAUGAAAUUUUUCUCAGUUGAUCCAAUUGUGCUAUUUCGUACGGCAAUUGAACCCCACAGCCCCACGGCGUUUAUGUGUGAAAAUCCCAUUGAAAUUGUAAAGAAGGGAAAUUUCAAUCAUAUCCCCUGGAUGACGGGACUUGUGCCCAAUGAAGGGAUCGUUCGUGCUGGAGCUAUCCUGACAAAUGCAACAGUUCUCGAAGAACUCAAUGAGAAUUUCGACGAUGUGAUGCCACAACUUAUGCAAAUCAGUGCAACUGGAGAUGAUUUAGCUACCUUCUGGGAAAAAGCUAAAAACUUUUAUUUUAAUGGGCAAGCACAUGUGAAUGACACCAAUUGGCAACAAUUUGUUGAUAUUUUUUCUCAUCGUGCCUUCUAUCAUCCAUUCUUAAAAACUACUGAGGCCUAUGUGAAUUAUGCUGAUGUUAAUGUAAAUCCCGUAUAUCUGUAUAAAUUUUCCUAUAGAGGAAAUUACUCCUAUUCAUUAGCUUUUACCGGAACAACGAGAGAUUUUGGUGUUGGGCAUUGCGAUGAUCUCAUUUACCUCUUUCGCUCACCCGCCCUCUUUCCCAAUGGCCUCGCAGUGGAUUCAAUGGAUAAUCAAAUGAAGAAUAUUCUUGUUAGAACUUGGAUAUCAUUUGCUAUAUCGGGAAAGCCCAAAGAAUGGACAAUUAUGGAUAAAUGUCGUAAGGAAAAUUUUAAUCCAAUAUGCCAAUAUCAACAUUUCACAAAUGGCCCGUCGGAAGAUAUUAGGGUGUCUACAUCUCAAGAUUUUGAUAUGCCAGCAAUGAAGUUGUGGGAUGAAUUAAAGGAAUAUUGGUGAUAUAUACAUUGCUGUAUUAAAUUCAAAAUAAAAUGUGGAUGAAUUUUGAUUAAAUAUGCAUAAUCUAUCUUUACGCUGUAUUGUAUAUAUACAAUGUAAUAUAUAAAUAAACAAAUUUUCCUAUAUUUUCAUGUUCAAAA